CCGCACCGCCACUGCCGUCUCUCUCUUCUCUUCCUCCUCGCUCUCUCCCCGAAGAGCCCAACGAAACCACCACCACGCCGCGCGGCUGCGGCCGCAUUCCCGGAAUCCUGAAGGCCGGCGGCGGGCGGGGGCCGCCAUGGGGACCGUCUCGGCCGCGGCGGAGUGGACCGCCGAGGACGACGUCCUCCUGAAGAACGCCGUCGAGGCUGGUGCCUCGUUGGAAUCAUUGGCUAAAGGAGCUGUAUGCUUCUCUCAUAAGUUCAACCUUCAAGAAUUGCAGGAUCGCUGGUAUUCAUUGCUAUAUGACUCAGAGACCUCAGCACAAGCAUCUGCUCGUAUGGCCAAGUAUGAGAUGGAGCUUUCAGUCUCCGAUCCUGCUAAAACAGUGAAGCUUUUCAAUUCAAAGAAAAAAUGCUUUUCCCUGUGCAAGCGGAAAAUGGAUAGUGUAAAGAAUCAGUAUUAUGCAAUAAGAAAGAGAGUUUGCCAUGAACCAUGUUCGUCUGCCGAUUUUGGUUAUGUUAUUGCACUCUGCUCAUGUAAUUCUACUGAUGGUGGUGGUUGUGUAUGUGGAGGCAAUCAUUUGGUUCACAAAGUUGAUCCACCAGUAACUGCUGUGAGUGAUUAUGGGUUUAUGGGUGGACACUAUUCUGUGAGAAAAGAUGUACAUUCCAAUGGCAAUGAACAAUACUCAUUCCAUACAGAGCAUUCUGAUGGCAGCAUGGUAAUGGAUGAAAGCCUGCAUGGCUAUGCAGAUGCAAACCAGUUAUAUGGAUAUGAUGACAUGAAGAAUUCUCAGACCAGUGGAAGCAGUAUAAUCUCUACAGAUAAUAGGUCAGAUCUUAGUGAUCAGUUUGACCAUAGAGCUAAAGGAUUAAAUGCUGUACUGGGCAUUGAUCAAGAUCAAGAUGGAGAAAAGCGUGGCCAAUUUUCUGGGAACAGCACAGGAGGAUUACGUGAGCCAGGAUCAGUUAAAGCAAUUGGUCAAAAGUGGUGUUCUCUGGAGCCCAGCAUUCCUACUUGGAGUAUGGUUCUGGGUGUUAAUUCACCUGAUAUGCUGACUGAUACGCGUAUAAUCGAACCAAAAACUCUCCUACUUUCUGAUGAUAAGAAAAUGGAAACAAAGAUCAGUGAUGGACUUGCAUUUCAGGCAACUUUAGAUAGUGUAAUACCUAAUUCUGGUUUAGGCUGUGCAGCGGAGUCAGGUGGUGGAUUCAUGCACUCCCAUCUAAAGGGUUUCAGUCAGAAAGAAGACCUUGAGCUCCUCAGCGGCGAACUCUUUUCAGAUUCUGCACGGGACACAAAUCAGAAAGAUUUCGGGUCCCAUACCUUCGACACAACCAACUGUGGUAACCACAUAGAUCCGAUCCAAAGGAAACAAAAUGUGGCAGAUGUUUCUGGAGUGGUCAUUAUACCUGCUUCAUCGGCGGUGCUUUAUCCUGAACAUAAUGCUGAGUGUAUGUUGAACACAGAAGAUUUUGAAAUCCCUUUCAAUGAUCAUAUACCUAGUCAGUCCUCUUUGGAACCCACCUCCACCAUGGACCAGGAUUCUCAGGAUGAUGCGUGCUUGGUUCUUGCCCAACCUUCAUCACCAUCACCACCAAUAAAUCUGGAAUCAGCCAUCCUGGAGCAAAACACAAUGGUGUCUCUUAAUGAAGGUAGCAUUUUAGGAAAUGAGCCACCUGGCCUGCAUGAUGAAUUUGGUGGUAAAAAUGCAAACAUGUGUAUUUCAGCUCGGCGUUCUGUUGAUGGAGGUGAAGAAACAACUUCUGGUUUUGUUAAACAUGAGUAUUGUGAUAAUUUGCAUAAUUUGACUUUGAACAAGUCAAUUCAAGGCCCCGAUCAAAUGAAUGGUAAACUUCUUUCUGAUAAGCCCAAAAUAGGCAGUGAAACUGCUAUCAAAAGCUGUGAAUCGUCUGAUGCAUUGCCAGAUACAGAAUUUCAUAAUCCCAUUGGAACUGUUUCAACUUUGAGCCAAGCAGAAGGAUAUGACAGUGAGAAUAGUGUUCCAAACUAUUUUGACCUAGAAGCAUUGAUACUUGAUCAGGACCUGAUUCCGUGGGAUCAAGAAUCUGAUUUCAUCCAACCAGAAGUUUCAAGGUUUCAGUAUCCUGAAAGCAGGAAGGAUUUGAUAAGAUUAGAGAAAUGGGCUUGCUCUUAUAUGAACAGAUCUAUCAUGUCUAAGGGUGCUUUCGCCGUUCUUUAUGGCCAACGUUUGAAAUGCUACAUAAGGGAUCCUGAGGUAACUCUUGGGAGAGAAACAGGAGAGGUACAUGUUGAUAUCGAUUUGGGAAAGGAAGGAAAGACAAAUAAAAUAUCUCGUCGACAGGCAGUUAUCAAGAUGGAUGAUGGUGGAACUUUCUACAUAAAAAAUAUCGGGAAGCCUUCAAUUUUUGUGAAUAGCAAAGAAGUACCAUGUAACGAACGUAUCAGCUUAAUUUCAGACUCUUUACUUGAGAUAAGCAACAUGAAAUUCAUUUUUCACGUGAACCAUGAUGCUGUGAAGCAAUACAUAGCUCGCAUUAGAAGUGGAAGCUCCCAAGGCAAGAUCACAGCAUUUGCUUGGGAUCAGAACCCGUGAAUUAAAGUUAUGAGAAAGUUUAUUUAUUUUUUAUGAUAGCUAAUAUAUAUUUAUCCAAAUAGAAUAUUGUCAUCCAGUUAACUUAGCUCCAGCCGCUCUAUGUAAAUCGAUGUAUAUACUUGGUUCUUCUAUCAUGAUUACCUCAAGCUAUGUUCUUUGGAUGUUGGCUGCCA